AUGUGGAAAGCCCUGAUCUCGCAGGCCAGGAGAUACCCCUAUCCCACCAACGUGGUCUGGUACAGCAGCAUAUUCGCGGCGGGGGACCUGGCCCAGCAGAACUUCCUGAAGGAGAAAGUCGACCUGAAGCAGACGAGGAAUGUCGCCAUUCUGUCCUUAAGCUUUCACGGGCAUUUGUUCUACAUGUGGCUGAGGGUCAUGGAGAAGCUGUUCCCCGGCAAAGGAAUGGGCAGCAUCCUGCGGAAGGUGGUGUGCGACCAACUGGUGGUGACUCCCACCGGCAUCAGUGCCUAUUACAUCGGUAUGAGUGCAAUGGAAGGGAAACAAGACAUCCUUGCUGUCUGGAGAGAAAAAUUUGGGAAAACUUAUAAGGUCGCUGUGAUAUAUUGGCCUGUGGUACAGAUAAUCAACUAUAGACUGGUACCUGUGUUCUUCAGGAUGGCUUUUUUUGGCUGCUGGGGUUUUUUGUGGGUUAUUUUCAUGUCCCAUUUAAGACAGAAUCAUCAUGGCACUGCAAAAUCCGAAUCUUGAUUAUUAGCUAUAAUCAAGAGCUAUCAGCCUGUGAAUAGAUAGGAUAACUUAAAAACAUUUUUUAUUGAAAUAAAUGGAUUUAUAUACUG